AUGAAUAUUGGUAGUCGUAAACAUACAUCGAAUAAUACAUCGAAUAGUACUAGCAAUACAUCCAAUCCAAAUCAAUUUCAUUGUAAUAGUCCAGUAUUAAGUCCUUCUUUAGGUAAAUGCUAUGAAGAGAAUUAUAAUUUAAAUAGAUUGACCAAAGAUUCUAAUUUAACAACAACAACAGCAAUGAUGAUGAAUAAUGCCUCCUCUUCAUCAUCAUCAGCUACAACACUGGAUUCACCGAAUUCAUCAUUUAUCACAAGUUCCAAUGGUGGUGGUGGUGAUUUGUCAACCGCAGCCGCAACAACAACAACAACACGUUCUGGUACACGGACUACUGCUGGCAUUCAUUCAAUCAUGAAUAAUAAUAAUCCGAAUUCCAAUGCAACUCCUUCAUUUUCUGUUUGGAUUGAUGAUGGACGAUUGUAUUGUGGCAAUAAAUGUUAUCAGAUUGGCGCAUCCAUUAUCUUAGAAGGUCGUGAUGGUUCUAGUCAUCGAUGUACUGGUACAAUAGCAUCUAUCGGUGUUCAAGAUUUAGCUAUACGUAGAUGUUCAGAUCAUGGAAUAUGUCGUGUCACUGUACAACAAUUAAAACAAGGACGAUAUACAAUAUGGCCUAAUAAAUUGGAAUAA